AUGGCCAACUCAAAGCAGAAAAUAGAUCGAUGGUCUUCAUCGGAAAAUACACUGUUAAAUGUUACACAAUCUAGAAAUGAUCGUACAUCUGCAAGUGACUUAAGUGCAAUAUCAUCUAUGUCUACUAACAAUGAUUUUUCUAAUGAUCAAAAUUCGACAAAUAGAAGAUCUACUGAUACCGAACAUCUUUGUUUACCUGAAAGACGAACUCCUGGAAGAAAUUCAUCAGCAAGAGCAACAUCAACAUCAUCAGAAAUUAUGACACAACAAGUACUUCGUCUUGCUGAGAAGAUUAAUGAUCAAUAUUUAACAUGUAAAAUAUGUAUGGAACCAUUCAAAGACCCGAAAUGUUUAACUUGUUUACAUACAUUUUGUGAACAAUGUAUCGAAAAUCAUGUGUCUGCUCAAAGAUCAUAUAAAUAUACUGAUUAUCGUGAAUUUGCAUGUCCAAUUUGUCGAAAAAAGACUGCAAUUCCAACAGGUGGUGUUCACAAGUUACCAGACAAUUUUCUUAUUGCUGGUUUAUCCGAAAUGAUCUCACAAAAAAGUUCAAAUUCUAAUGGUUCAAUAAAAAUUUUAACAAAUUGUGAAAUUUGUAAAGCUGUUCAUGAUCGUGAACGUGAAGCAACAUCACGUUGUCUUGAAUGUCAAAAAUUUCUCUGUCGUCAUUGUGUACAAGCUCAUCAAACAAUAACAGUUACACGUGAUCAUUCAAUUUAUGAAUUAGAAAUUGAAAAAGAUAUUUUAUGCAAACAUCAUCCAACGGAAUUUGUUCGAUAUUAUUGUGAACAAUGUGAAACAUGUAUUUGUAUUGCUUGUACAUAUGUUGAUCAUCGUGAUCAUGAAUUAGCUGAUUUUCGUGCAGCUGCUGCUAAUCAUAAAGCAUAUAUAAAUGAAUGUCUUGAUGCAUGUAAAACACGUAUGAAUGAAUUAGAAGCAUAUUUAAGUAUAAUACGUCGAUGUGAUGCCAAUAUAGCACAAAUAGAAGCAAGUAUUCAUGCAUUAGCAAGUACAUUUGAAAAAUCUUUACGUAUAAAAGAACAAGAACUUGUUGAACAAAUAUCUGAAUUAUAUGGUGAAGAAACAAAUGAAUUUAUAAAACGUCGUGAUGAAUUAGAUGAAUAUUAUGAACAGAUUAAAAAUACAUGUUCAUUAACUGAACUUGUUAUACAUGGAAAAGAUAUUGAAUUAUUAUUAGUUAAAAAACAAUUAAUGGAAAAAUUCCGUGAACUUGAUGAUGUUGAAUUAGAUCCAUUACCAGAGAAUAUUUGUAUGAGACUUGAUUUUCAACCUGGACAAUUACAUUUAGGUACAUUAAAAGUAUGUGAAAUGACACCAGUGGAUGAUGAUGAACAAGAGGGAGAAAUAGAAGAAGAAGAAGAGGGAGAAGAAGUAGAAGGAGAAGGAGAAGGAGAAGAAGGAGAACGAGAAGCAGAAGAAGAAGAAGACCGAGAAGAAGAAGUUGGAGAUGAAAUUAAGGAAGAAGAACAAGAAGUUGAAAUUGAAGAUGAAAAUGAAAAUAAAUCAACAAAUGACGACGCUGAAAUCACUUCAAAUACAAAUUCAGAACCUAUCAAAACAUUUGCUUCAAUAGCCAUUCAAACAGAAGAUGUAUCAACGACAACACAAUCUGUACAGACAACGGAAGAAACAUCUUCUACUCAUGAAUUUAAUUUUGAAAAUGGUAAUGCACCAAGAUCACCAUUACCAGUCGAAGAAAAUGGUUCUCUUUCACCCACAGCUUUAGCAACAUCUACUUCUGCACCUGCAUCUAUAUCUUCUGAUAGUAAUGGUAAUAUUUACGAACAAAGUAACAAAUUAUCACGUCGUGUUCGUCGUUUACUUAAACCAACAUGUAGUGUAGCUGUUUUACCCAAUACCGAUGUAAUUAUUCUCGAUUGUGAACAAAAUCUUGCAUCAAUACUUGAUAAAAAAGGCAAAUUUAAAUAUUGUUUUACAUCAGAAAUUCCAGCAACAGAACGUAAAGGUUUUGCUGUAUCUGGUUUUUCUUCAACAGCUAGUAUUAGUACUGCAUCAGCAGGUUCAAAUCGAACUGUUCGUAUACCUACACAACAAGGUAUAUUAUGUAUUAAAUUGAAAGGUGAACGUGUUAGUGAAUUACCAUUUGGUUUUACUGUACAUGCUUUCAAUUCAAUUUCAGAAAAUGACAAUUAA